AAGUUGGCCAACGUACCCCACGAAUCUCAAUUUCUCCCUUUCUUAAUCAAAAUGGUUCGAGUUUUCUCAGCUGUAGCUCUUUUGGCGACAUGCUGCGGGGCGUUCCAGCAGUCCUCGUUUUUGGGACGGCAAUCCUUGUCAGUCCUAUCCCAUUUGUCCGAUUCUGCGCUUUGCAUGAAGACGAUUGCCGUAUUCGGAGCCUCCGGCUUGACGGCGUCCGAGUGUGUGUAUCAAGCGCUCAAAAACGGGGACAAUGUUGUAGGUCUCACGCGUAACCCUUCCAAUCUCGUCAUCCCUAAAGGGUCUGGAGGAUCCAAUGCAGAAAAUCCUCUUAAUGACCCCAAACUAACAAUGAUUUCUGGGGACGUGACAAAGCAAGCUGACGUUGACAAAGUGUUUGCACAAAAGAUUGACGGAGUCAUCGUCGCACUAGGUGGGAAAACAUCGGAUGUCGGGGAAACCAUGUUGACGGAUGGAACUACAAACAUUAUUAAUGCCAUGAAAGACAAGGGAGUGAAGCGACUCGCUGUCGUCACAUCAAUCGGUGCCGGAGAUUCCGAGAACCAGGCACCCUUCUUUUUCAAAGUCCUUAUGUGGACGGCAAUGAAGAAAAUUUUCCUCGAUAAGAACGCGCAAGAAGAGGUAGUUAAGAGGAGUGGCCUUGAAUGGUGUAUUGUUCGCCCAGGAGGCCUCACUGUUGAACCUCCGACUGGCAUCAUCAACGUGAUUGAAGGUGAGGCUGGAUCUAUUGCUCGAGCUGAUGUUGCCCAGUUUUGUUUGGAUGCUCUCGAAGUCGAAGACUUUCCGUACAUUGGUAAGGCUCCCUGCAUUAGCUCAGUGGGCGGUACUGGGUGGACCAAAGAUCGUUCCGCAGCAGCGCGUGGCCAACAAGAAGCUUAAUUGCUUUAAUUCAUCACCUUGCAUGAUAAACUUAUCGACACGUAUAAACAACUAUACAUCAGGAGUAG